AUGAGCACAGGGGGCCCAAGCGGAGGCCCGCGAUCGGCUGGCGCGCGGGCGGCUGGCGGAGCAACAGGAGCCGCUGGCGGAACCGGCAUCGGCGGAGCGGGGAGGGGCACAGCGCCGGGGAAGACUCCGCCGAAACACCCCUUGGCGCGGCGGCUGCGCGGGAAGAAAACCGAGGAAACCCUCGCAAAGGAGAUAGGCGUGGUGAUGGUGCAGCUGGGGAAGCUAGAGCCUGGGGGGGAGCGAAAGGUGCGGCACGUGCUGCGGAAAUAUGCCAAGUGCUUUGGCCCCGAGUGCGUUUUAGGCGCUCUGAACGAGCUCAUGCGCCGGAACGACGUGGACCGUACGAUCGAGGCGUUUGAGUGCAUCCGAACCGCCCACUGGUUCGAGCCGGAUCCGAUGCUGUAUGCGCGGAUGAUUGAGGUGCUGGCGCGGAACUCGCGGACUGACACUGCUGCUGCACUCUUCGCCUCCAUGGAUGGCGGCCCUGCUGUGCCCCUCACUGGGGGAAUGGCUAUGCUGGUGGGCUCAGGGGGGGGUGGGGGAGCGGCUGGGAGGGGUGGUGUGAGGGAGGAUGUGAGGAAUGGUGUGAGGGGGAAUAGUUGGGAUUCUGGCAGUGAUGACGAUGAUUUUAGUGGUGAUGACGAGGAUGGGUCGGACGAUGAGCUGGCACGAAACCCAGGGUAUGAUGACGAGGAUGAGGAUGAUCCGGAUGGCGACCGGUGGGGCACGAGCAAGGGGCGGCGGAGGCGACUCAAGAAGAAAGCUGCUGCUGCUGGAGCAGCGCCAAAAGGUUCUUUAGCAGCAGCAGCGUCAAAAGGUUCUUUAGCAGCAGCAGCGCGAGGAGCAGGGGGAGGAAACCGAGUUGGAGGAGGAUCAGGAGGGGCAGGAGGGGCCGAAGGAACAGCGGCAACAGCGUCGGCAGCAGCGUUGGCGCAGUUACCGCGGUUGAAGGCGUGUGUGCGCACGCCGUCGGUGUAUGCAGCGAUGAUCGAGGCGUAUGGGCGCCGCCACCAGGCCACGGCUGCCCUUGCGCUGCUGCACCAGAUGAAGGCCACCCCCGGCUGUGCUCCAGAUGCUGCGGCUUAUGGGUCGGCAGUGAAGGCACUAUGCCUGAUAGGCCGCACCACGGAGGCAGAGGAUCUUCUAGCGGACAUGGCGCACAGGGGCGUGCUGCCCGACGCCACUCCCCAUGUUGCUCCCCUCUUUACUCACCCCUGGUCGCAGGUCGGCAGUGAAGGCACUGUGCUUAUGAAGGCACUGUGCUUAGUGGGCCGCACCACGGAGGCAGAGGAUCUUCUAGCGGACAUGGCGCACAGGGGCGUGCUGCCCGACGCCACUCCCCAUGUUGCUCCCCUCUUUACUCACCCCUGGUCGCAGGUCGGCAGUGAAGGCACUGUGCUUAGUGGGGCGCACCACGGAGGCAGAGGAUCUUCUAGCGGACAUGGCGCACAGGGGCGUGCUGCCCGACGCCACUCCCCAUGUUGCUCCCCUCUUUACUCACCCCUGGUCGCAGGUCGGCAGUCGGCAGUGAAGGCACUGUGCUUAGUGGGCCGCACCACGGAGGCAGAGGAUCUUCUAGCGGACAUGGCGCACAGGGGCGUGCUGCCCGACGCCACGCCCUUCAACGCCCUGAUUGACGCGUACGGGGGAGCGGGGCAGCUGCAGCUGAUGCGAGACAAGUUCUUUGAGCUCACCAGCGUGGGGUUGAGGCCCGAUGUGCGCACAUUCAAUGGACUCAUCCGAGGUUUCGGCAGAGCUGGCUUGUUAUCAGAGAUGGAGGCGGUGUUUGAGAACAUGCAGAUGGGGUAUCGCACUGCACCCAACGUACAUACCUUCCACGCCCUCAUGGAUGCCUAUGGCGCCCACGCCCUCACAUCCCUGCACCGCCAAGACGACAGCAUGCAGCAGCACGUGGUGCUUGAGCGGCAGGAGGAGGCUGGGGAGCAGCAAGAGCUGCAGGGGAUGCGGAUCGAAGCAAGGCAGCGGGUGGCAGGGAAGCACGAGCAGGGGCAGCAAGAGUGGGGGCAGCAAGAGUGGGGGCAGCAGGAGGAAAAGGUUGCAGGGUGGAGGAGGAGAGGUGGGGAUGAUGGAGGAGCGGAGGGGCAGCGCGGGGGGAGGCAGCGGAGUGCAGAGCGCAGGCGGGGUGUGUUUGAGCGCAUGCAGCGCACGCUGCUGCAUCUGGUGAAGAUGCGCUACCGCCUGCAUGCCGAGUCGUUUGAACUGCCCCUCAAGUACCUCGCUCAGGUGAGUCUCUGUUGCUCUAAUACCUCGCUCAGGUGUGUCUGGCUGAAAUCACUUGCAUUUCCUUGCCAUUGUGUUGCUUUCGAUAUUACCACGUCCGCCACUGCAGGGAAGCAUGGUGGAGGAGAUGAAAGAGGUGUUUUGGCAGAUGAGGGCCAACCACCAACAGGGUGCGCCCCACAACCACCAACCACCAACACGGUGCGCCCCACAACCACCAACCACCAACAGGGUGCGCCCCACAACCACCAACCACCAACAGGGUGCGCCCCACAACCACCAACCACCAACAGGGUGCGCCCCACAACCACCAACCACCAACAGGGUGCGCCCCACAACCACCAACAGGGUGCGCCCCACAACCACCAACAGGGUGCGCCCCACAACCACCAACAGGGUGCGCCCCACAACCACCAACAGGGUGCGCCCCACAACCACCAACAGGGUGCGCCCCACAACCACCAACAGGGUGCGCCCCACAACCACCAACCACCAACAGGGUGCGCCCCACAACCACCAACAGGUGAGCCAACCACCAACAGGGUGCGCCCCACAACCACCAACAGGGUGCGCCCCACAACCACCAACAGGGUGCGCCCCACAACCACCAACAGGGUGCGCCCCACAACCACCAACAGGGUGCGCCCCACAACCACCAACAGGGUGCGCCCCACAACCACCAACAGGGUGCGCCCCACAACCACCAACAGGGUGCGCCCCACAACCACCAACAGGGUGCGCCCCACAACCACCAACAGGGUGCGCCCCACAACCACCAACAGGGUGCGCCCCACAACCACCAACAGGGUGCGCCCCACAACCACCAACAGGGUGCGCCCCACAACCACCAACAGGGUGCGCCCCACAACCACCAACAGGGUGCGCCCCACAACCACCAACAGGGUGCGCCCCACAACCACCAACAGGGUGCGCCCCACAACCACCAACAGGGUGCGCCCCACAACCACCAACAGGGUGCGCCCCACAACCACCAACAGGGUGCGCCCCACAACCACCAACAGGGUGCGCCCCACAACCACCAACAGGGUGCGCCCCACAACCACCAACAGGGUGCGCCCCACAACCACCAACAGGGUGCGCCCCACAACCACCAACAGGGUGCGCCCCACAACCACCAACAGGGUGCGCCCCACAACCACCAACAGGGUGCGCCCCACAACCACCAACAGGGUGCGCCCCACAACCACCAACAGGGUGCGCCCCACAACCACCAACAGGGUGCGCCCCACAACCACCAACAGGGUGCGCCCCACAACCACCAACAGGGUGCGCCCCACAACCACCAACAGGGUGCGCCCCACAACCACCAACAGGGUGCGCCCCACAACCACCAACAGGGUGCGCCCCACAACCACCAACAGGGUGCGCCCCACAACCACCAACAGGGUGCGCCCCACAACCACCAACAGGGUGCGCCCCACAACCACCAACAGGGUGCGCCCCACAACCACCAACAGGGUGCGCCCCACAACCACCAACAGGGUGCGCCCCACAACCACCAACAGGGUGCGCCCCACAACCACCAACAGGGUGCGCCCCACAACCACCAACAGGGUGCGCCCCACAACCACCAACAGGGUGCGCCCCACAACCACCCACCAACAAGGGUGCGCCCCACAACCACCAACCACCAACAGGGUGCGCCCCACAACCACCAACCACCAACAGGGUGCGCCCCACAACCACCAACCACCAACAGGGUGCGCCCCACAACCACCAACCACCAACAGGGUGCGCCCCACAACCACCAACCACCAACAGGGUGCGCCCCACAACCACCAACAGGGUGCGCCCCACAACCACCAACAGGGUGCGCCCCACAACCACCAACAGGGUGCGCCCCACAACCACCAACAGGGUGCGCCCCACAACCACCAACAGGGUGCGCCCCACAACCACCAACAGGGUGCGCCCCACAACCACCAACAGGGUGCGCCCCACAACCACCAACAGGGUGCGCCCCACAACCACCAACAGGGUGCGCCCCACAACCACCAACAGGGUGCGCCCCACAACCACCAACAGGGUGCGCCCCACAACCACCAACAGGGUGCGCCCCACAACCACCAACAGGGUGCGCCCCACAACCACCAACAGGGUGCGCCCCACAACCACCAACAGGGUGCGCCCCACAACCACCAACAGGGUGCGCCCCACAACCACCAACAGGGUGCGCCCCACAACCACCAACAGGGUGCGCCCCACAACCACCAACAGGGUGCGCCCCACAACCACCAACAGGGUGCGCCCCACAACCACCAACAGGGUGCGCCCCACAACCACCAACAGGGUGCGCCCCACAACCACCAACAGGGUGCGCCCCACAACCACCAACAGGGUGCGCCCCACAACCACCAACAGGGUGCGCCCCACAACCACCAACAGGGUGCGCCCCACAACCACCAACAGGGUGCGCCCCACAACCACCAACAGGGUGCGCCCCACAACCACCAACAGGGUGCGCCCCACAACCACCACAUCCACAUGUGGCUCCUCUUCCAGCGCCCUUCAUGCUCCUCCUCCGUUUCCCUGCAUCCACUAAUGCAGGCGGGCGGGCAUGGUGGCGGAUUUGGAGAAGCGCGCAUGGUGGAGGAGAUGGAGAAGGCGGGUAUGGUGGAGGAGAUGGAGAAGGUGUUUCGGCUGAUGAGGGCAAUCGGCGUGCGCCCCACAACCACCACCUUCACGCUUCUCGCUGAUGCCUACAGCGCCGCCGGGCAGCCGAAACAAAUCCUGCGCCUGCUCAAGCAGAUGCAAUCCAUGCCCCUUGCUGCCCGAAAAGAAAACAACUCCACUCCCAACAGCGGCAGCAGCAGCAGCAGCAGCAGCAGCAGCAGCAGCAGCAGCAGUAGCAAUGGUGGUGGUGAUUCUUCCAGUGCACGCAGCAGGCUGCUUGCUGCAGCAGCGGUGGCGUUUGCCUCUGCAGUGGAGAUCAAAGAGAUGGAGUGGUGCCUGCUGCAGCUGCACCCUCUCAACACCACCCCUUCCUCCAGCCCCACUCCCUCCUCCACCUCCUCUCCCUCCUCCUCUCCCGCCUCCUCUCCCUCUUCCUCGUCCCGCUCCACCUCCUCAGCCUCAUCCUUCCCCCCUGCCGCUCUGGCCGAUCCCGCGCGGCUGCAAGCAUGGGUGGGGGCGGGGGGCGGAGGCAUGGGGGUGGUGUCGGCAGCAGUGGAGGCAUACGCGCGGGCAGGCAUGCUCUCCCACAUGGAGGCUCUGUUCUUGGGGGCUCAGACCUUGGGGAUGGGUGCACGGGGGAUGGGGGUCGGUGCACGGGGAAUGGGAAUGGGUGUGAUGGGUGCACGGGGCAUGGGGGUGAGUGUGGCAGGAGAUGAGGGAGGUGUGGGAAGGAUGGGGGCACGUGGCAUGGCGGCAGGUGGCAUGGGUGCGAGUGAUUCAGAUUGGGGGGGAGUUGCAGGGGAGGGCGUUGGUGGGAGGAUGGGGGAAGUGGGGGUGCGUGGUGGGGGGAUAGGGGCAAGAAGUUUAGGGGGAGGGACGAUGGGGGGAGAAACCAUGGGGGGAAGGAUGAUGGGCGGGGGGAUGAUGGUGGAGGGGCGAAUAUGGGGAGGGAGGGAGGGGAGGACAUGGGAGGGGAAUGGAGGGGGGUCAAGGGGGUGGGUUGACUAG